UUUCAACUAGUUGAAAUAUUUAAAAUGGAAAAUUGUGGCAAAAAUAGUUUAAAUAACACAAAUUUUACAGUGCAGAAUUCUAUGAAUUCACAUAGAAGUCUGGCGAAUCAAGAUUUUGGGUUAUCCUCUCUCCCUCCAAAUUUCUAUACCAGGAAUGAUAAAUCCAUGGCAGCUCACUAUGAGAACAAGAUUAAAGAUAUAGUUACGAAUGAUGAAAUUAUCCAAGCACUGAAGAAUAACCCCACUUCAACAGAGUUCAUCAGUGAGAGGGUCAAGGAAAUUGUCGAGGAGACCAUAGUUGCUGAUAAAGAGAGACAGAUUCAAGAACUCCUGGGUGAAAUGGAAAUCCUGAAACAAGAAGUAGCUAAAUAUGACCAAAGAUUAUCUGAAAUUAAGCAUCACCAAGCAACCCAAGAUUCUGAAAUCGAGACGAAAUAUAAAAUUGAAAAUCAGAGAUUGCAGCAGCAACUUGCUGAACUUAACGAUCAGGUCAAGUACUUUGAUUCUUCACAGAGAUUUGAGAACCAAAGAAGCCAGAAAGAUAAGGCUGUAUUCGAGGAAGAAAUCCAAAGACUCAGUGAGAAGCUGGGCUCCACUACCAGAGAUAAUGAAGCACUUAAGUCCCAAAUUAAUGAGCUCAACUCAGACUGUCAGACAAUGCAGAGAUUGUACAAGAUACUUGAGCAGAACCAUGAAAAAUUGAAGAUUGACUUCUCUGAGAAAAAUGAAGAGCUGAAGACCACUCUUUCUGAGUCAAAUAAUUUCCAGACUAGCAAUUUUGAACUUGCUCUGCAAGUUAAGCAACUUGAGGAAGAGCUAGUCAGGAUCGGACAGUCCAAAGAGACAAUAGAAAACGCUAAAGGAGAGCUUCUCCAGAAGUUUAACCAAUACGGAAGUGUAAUUCAGAAGGAAUGUGAGGAUAAAAUUUUAGCUUGCAAGAACAAAUACAAAGAUAAAAAGGAAAAACUGGUAGAGAAGAUCCUAUCUCAAAAGCAAAAGAUUGAUCAAUUUAACCAUCAAAAAGGUCAAUACGAAGAUACCAUCAGUGGUUUCAAAGAAGACAUCAAGAGGGUUAAACAAGAAUGGGAGAACAAGCUCUAUUAUGAACAACUUGAAUUUGAGAAGAAAAUAUCUGAGCUCACCUCCAAGCACAAGCACGAGAUUAACCAAAUGCAGGAAGAGAUCCAGAAAGCAUAUGAAGAGAAAAUUUCUGAAAUAGAAGGCGAUAAUGAACAAGAAAUAGAAGCUCAUAAGAGAGAAGUUGACAAUCUCAAAGAACUUCUGGAUAAAUCCCAGCAAGAAAUAGACGACCUCAGGGAGAGAAACCAUCAAUUUAAGAAUCUUGAGAUAGAAAAGAAUGAAGAACUAAAGCAGAUUACUGAAUCUAUCGAGAAUGAACUCUACUCCAGGAUUGAAGAAAUUGAAGUAGAGCUUGAAAACACAAAGGAGGAUAACUCCCUGCUGCAAGAAAAUAUCGAUACAAAGGACCAGACAUGAAAAGAACUCACAGCUCGGCUGGAAGAUUACGACCAUAAGUUGCAACAAAAUGAGGCAAGGAUCGAAGAAAUCCUCAAAGAGAAUGGGGCUCUAAAGAGCCGACUUGACAAUGAUUUCAAAACCAAGAAUCUUGAAAAUAAGAUUCGUGAGAAUAUGGCUCUUCAAGAUGAGAUAAAGACUCUUCAAGAGAAGGAAUCUAAUUUACUGAAAGACAUAGAGACUUUCAAGGAGCUGAAUGCUGAUCUGGAGAAAGAUCGUAAAGCCGCUAUUCAGACUACUAAAAGCGAUAAAAAUCAGAUCCAAAUUCUGGAACAAAAGCUCUCAAAACUUGAGAAGGAGCUUGAAGAGAGUAUUGAUAAACACAGAAAGUCCAAAGAAGCAGAUUUGGACAAAUAUGAAUCUGAAAUAUCUGCUCACAGUCAAGCGAAAGCAGACCUGAGAGCUCUCAAAGAGAAGCUUACUGAGAGUAAGGCCAAGAAUGAAGAAAUUAAGAGGAAAAAUGAAAGAGAAAUGAAUGAAAUCAAAGUUGAACUUGAAUUCACAAAGAAAAAUCUCAAAGCAGCCACUACGAAGAAUAAAGAACUGGAUAAAGGAAAGAUACAAGCUGAAGAAGAUCUUCAGGCCUCUAAGAGGAAAUAUAGAACUAAGAGGGAAUAUUUGAUAGCUAGAUUACAGACAGAGUCUCAAAGAAAGAUAACUCAGCUAAAGAAUGAACACAAUGGGUUCAAGAAGGUGAUCAUGGAGCUUUUGAAGGCUCAUGAGAGCUCGAUAAAGGAUAACAUUCCUAAGAUUUUAGGUGCUGUGUCUAAAAUUGAUGAAAAUUCAAAGAAUUCAUCGAUUAAAUAUCAUGAAAAGAAUCUUAAAACUCUUAGCAAAUUAGAGAAAGAAUUACAAACAAAAUGCGAACUUGUAAAUUCACUUCAAACUGAUCUCUCAAUAACCAAAGAAAACCUACAUACAACUCAAAGCCACCUCGAACACUCAGAAAAUGAGAUAAACGACCUCAGAGCCCAACAAAAAGUACUUGAAAAAGAAUACCAAAUCUGCCUCAAAAACCUCGACUCCAAAAACCUCAAAAUCCAAAAACUAAACUCCUCCAUCACCCCUUCCACUCUCUCCAAAGACGCUCAGACUCUCACCACCAUCAUCACCAAAGAGAUCGACAAGAAGUACAAACAGAAAAUCCUCGAACUCCUCACCCUCGUCGAACAAAACUCCUCUAAAUACAAGCAGAAGCUCUACAACGUCCGUAAGCUAGUCUUCGCCCACAGCGCCUCGGCUGCCCCGGCCGAGGCCGCUUACCGGAGCGAACAGUCUUUAGUCACGAUUAAGACGCUCAAGCUUGACUUGAAGUCGAAGGAGAAUGAAGUUCACAAGCUGAAGAACGAUAAGAAGAUCCUGCACUCAAACGUGGUCAGGCUUAAGAAGGAUAAUGACUCCUUGAGGAAAGCAGUGUGUAAGAAGAGGAAGGAGAAUGAUGAGCUGGCGAAGUUGAUACAGAAGACGAAUGAGCAUAUAUCUCUUUCAAUAGGAACAAUCCCGAUGGCAUUGAAAUUAACUCAAGAGAAGAAGAUAGCAAGUGGUCGAGAUAGAAGGGAAGAGAAUGAAGAUCCUAAUUCAGGAUAA